AUGAGUAAAUUUGAAGCAAGCGUGCUUAUUGUGGGUGCCGGUGGAGCUGGAAUAGCGGCUGCAACUCGGCUGCUUGAGCGAGGAUUCCGGAAUCUAACAAUCCUGGAAGCAGAAAACCGUAUCGGAGGACGCAUUCAUUCCAUGCGGCGAGGCACAAACGUGCUGGACUAUGGCGCUCAAUGGGUGCACGGAAAGGAAAACAAUUUCAUCUACGAUAUGGCUUCGCAGUAUGGGCUGAUCGAGAUAGAGCAACAUAAGGAGAAUGAUUUGUAUUACAAAUCUAAUGGCGAACCGGUUCCAAAGGAAGCAUCCGAUCUGGUGAUCGACACCUUGUACACUUUACUGGAGGAUGUAAACUCUUUGCAAACAUUCUCUGGAUCGCUUGGAGCAUACUACGAUAAAGUGUUCUAUGAUGCUGUACGCGCUGAAAAGUUUGUCGGGAUCGAUCAGCACACUUGUUACCAGUUGUAUCAGUUCUUUAUCAAGUAUCACAACACGUACAAUGCCACCGAUACGCUGCACGAGGUGUCCGGAGCUGGUUUGCUGGAGUUCGAAGACAACCAGGAUGAGUUUCUGAUUAAUUGGAAAAAUCGAGGCUUUCAUACACUGCUUGAUUUGCUCAUGCGAAAACUUCCUGAACAGAACGGCGCACCUAUAAUGGUAGAAGAGUACACAAAGUUCAAUCAUGUCGUUAAGUCGAUUCAAUGGAAUGCACGGUCAAGAAGUCGUCCAGAAAAUCCGGACCAUCGGGUUUCUGUAACGUGUACCAACGGUGCCACAUUUAGAGCCAACCACCUCAUACUGACCGUAUCACUCGGGGUACUGCAGGACAUGCACACGCUCUGGUUCGACCCACCGCUGCCCGAUCCGAAGCGUAACGCGAUCGAAGGCCUCUACAUCGGUACGAUCGACAAGAUGUUUCUGGAGUUUGAAGAACCGUUCUGGCCACAGGAUAGCAGCUGGCAUGGGUUCGGUUUGCUGUGGGAAGCAAACGAUCUCGAACAGCUACGACUCGACGAUCGCCAAUGGUUGGAGAGUGUGUGCGCCUUCUUCGUGCCGGAUCGCACCGAACGGUUGCUGGUUGCGUGGAUCUACGGCCAGGAUGCGCGUGUAAUGGAAGCACUACCCGAACCGGCCGUAAUCGAUGGGUUGAUGUACUUGUUGCGUAAAUUUCUGCCACAUUUUUCGGUGCCGAAUACUCCACGCUGGUUUUCGCGUAGUCGCUGGUAUAGUAAUCCACACUUCCGGGGUUCGUACAGCAGUCGUUCAAUGAAAUCGGAUGCAAUGCGAGCAACUGCAGCAAAGUUGGCAGAACCACUGUUAGAUGCAUGGGACCACGUACCGACCGUACAAUUCGCCGGAGAAGCAUCCCAUCCACAGUUCUACUCAACCGUGCAGGGUGCGGUUGCUAGUGGUUGGCGUGAAGCGGACCGUUUAAUCGAUCUCUACCGUACGCAAGUGUCACACGGCACUUCGAACAGUAAAGUGUCACCUUUAUUGGGGAAGCUGUAA